AUGGCUGGAUUAAUAAUAGAGCAAUUCCUAUAUUCGAAUAUUGCCGAAUCGUAUGAAUCCCAAAUGAAAAUCCCGCAAAUGGCGAAUAAAUUAGUGAUUCCAAAAAGAAUGAUAUUUCAGAUAAUAUCAGUUCUCGACAUUUCCACUUCGGUUUAUGAGCAAUUAAGCGAGGCGACAAAAAGCGUUGAUGAUCUCUCUUGGUUUCACGGCGACGUUGAAGAAGAGAAUGAGGAGCACGCAAUUUGCGAGACGAAGAAGAAAACAAAGAAGCGAGGAAUUUUGAAAGUCGAAAUUGAGGAUGGCAUCAAUAAAUUGCAUGCAGUUGAAUAUGUUGAUGAAUUAUUUGAUAUAGAGGAAUUGAAUGUGGGAAUGAAAAUAAUGCUAACUGGGAAAGCUGUAUGUCGUAAGGGAAUCAUUUUGAUCAGUCAAUCGAAUUGUCAAAUUCUUGGAGGCGCCGUCGAAUCUCUAGAAUAUAAUGUCGUAGAUCGAUUGGCGGCAAUUUUAAAAAUUGACUUGAACGCCGAGACGAAGCGAAAAGAAUUGGCCAAGGUUCGUGUGAACGAGAUGAGGAAAAAGCGGGCGAUGAAAAAGGAUAAAUCGCAAUCAACAAUUUCGCCGUUUUUGGUGAAAAUGCCAAAAGUUGUUGAGGCGCCGCCGAAAAAGGUUAACCCGAAAAUUGUUGAAGAAUCGAAUAACAAUGAUGUCGUUUUUACCCCAAUUCCACCGCCGAAGAAUCCAAAUGAAGAAGUUCCAACAAAUCCAGAAGAUAUCGUUCAAAAUACGUCCAACGAAAAGCCAACAGAAGUAGAAGAAGAAGAGUAUUCACGAAUUCUCAAGAAUAUCCAUGUUCCUGUUAGAUCUCCUCCGUAUCAAAAAGAAGCUGCUCCUGAAAUAAAUCCGAGGCCAAAACCUGCUGAGAAAAUCGAUUCAUUUAAAAAGAAGCAGCUUCCACAAGCAUUAUUAGAAGACGAAAAUGGAUCGAAGACUUCUCGAAAAUCGCCACCAGAGAUUUUCGCGACUGCUGAAAAAUAUCAGCCAGGAAUGAUGAGCAAAAUUAAAAUUGAAGAGAAUGAUAGUAUUAUCCCUCCAGAAUUUUUGAGAGAGGAGGUCGGGGUGAUUAAAAGUCGAGGAAAAGAUGAAAUUGCCCAGCGGAAGUUGUUCAAGGCUCUUACGGAGGAUAUUCAUGGCCCGAGAGGGGUUCAUAGCAAAAAAGAUGCUGAAAUGCAAAAAAAGAAUUCUGAUGAUCAUUCGAUAACGGAGUUUUUCGAAAAAGUCAAGCACCUCAAAGAGCAUAAAAGAGUUGAGCCACCGCAAAAAGUGUUGCGAAUGGGAAUUGUGACGCCGGUUCCGCAGAAAAGUUGUUUUGAGACCCAAAAGGAACAACAAAAGGAAGAGAAAAUGGUCGAUGAUUCGUCGAUUUUGGAUUGCUCGAUGGAAAUCGAAGGACGAAAUAUGUGCGAGAGGCUCGGAAUUGGGGAAACACGAAAAAGACGGGCCGAUGAUGAGCCGGAGAUUCUGAAGGGAUGGAAUCCGAAUAUUCAGACAUAUAAGAUUAGCACUUUGCUUCCUGAAGGGCGUGUCGAGGAGAGAACAAUGGAGAUUGUUGGACCUUCUCGAGACGACAAAAUGCUCCAAGCAGAGCCUAGAAAGUCUAACCGACCUUACCCACCAAAUGCCACUCAGCCGUCUCGCCAAGGACUAGAAAGACCCUUCAAUCCUCCACAACGAAAAGCUCCGUCGAGUCAAGCUGCUUCAAAAAAAGCGCUGCCGAAGCAUGGAAACAAUGUUCAGAUUUAUCGGACUCCAUUGGCUCGAAGGAUUCCGAGCUCGGAAUCUUCGAGAAAAUUCUCUCUUGAGCUUCUCCAUAGACUGGAAAACCUUCAUGUGAUCCCUUUUAGAGACGCGUUGACUACCAGAAAAUUUUGGAUGAUGGCCAAAAUUGUGGUGAUUAUGCCGACGACUUGCCAAGCUCUACACGAACUCCAAUCCGAUGGAAUAUUAUGGGAGUUCCAAGUGCACGUCUCCGAUACGAGCGUCAAGAAUGUGAUCUGCGAUGUGUCCAGUGAGCUUCUCGAUAAAAUAUUCGGGUUCAGUGUGAAAGAAUGCAAGCAGUUGUUCGAAAACAAUCAAAUGGAUGCACUUCGAGCAAAGAAGAUUGAAGCUGAAAGGAAGCUUAAAGGCUUCAAACGAUUGGAUCUGAUCGCGUGGGUCGAGGUGAACCCGGACUUCAAUGUCAAACCGAUCAUCAUCGAUGUGAAAACGAUCUCUGAUGCAUUGAACAUCUUGUAA